AUGGGAAUCGAGGCGAAUAAAGAAAAUGAAUGCCAAGGAAAGGCGAUCGAAGGGUCGAACGAGGGAAACACCAACGAUGAAACGUGCGUCAAGAAUGGUAGCAAUGAGAACAGCAACGGGAACGGUCAAGGGGGGGAAAACAGUGAAAGUGGCAAAAACGGUGAAAGUGGCAAAAACGGUGAAGGUGGCGAAAACGAAAAGGGCAACGAAAACGAAAGCAAGGCCGAAAAUGAGGAGAACAAAAGCAGCAACCGCUGGGCGGACAUGUGCGAGGACUACGAUGCUCCCUUAGUUGACACAUACAACGACGACAACGAUAUGAAGCACAAAAGGACGGAUACCAAUUUUAACGACAUGAAUAUGAAUAGUAGCAUGAAGCAAAAUUAUUUCAUGUCAAACAAAAAUGAAAUGAACAACUUCUCAACAGGCUACGAAGUGUAUAUCCGAAACCUGCACCUGGAGAUAACGAAGGAAGAAGUGUACAAGUUAUUCGAGGGUUACCGCAUCAGGAGGGUGAACAUUUUAAAUAAAAAGGGAAAAACAGCAGCAGCGUAUGUAGAGUUUGACAGUGCGGAGGACAUGAACCGGUCGCUGGAGUUAAAUGGAAGGAUGAUUUACUCGGGAAAUAACACUUUCGAGCAGGGAGCAAUAUCGGUCAUAAUAAAUAAGGAUAAAAUGAAAAAUUUCAACACCAAUCAGAAGCAAAAUAAAUUUAAAAAAGUUAUCGGAAGGAACAACAACAGCUUUGCCAACUUGCGACAGGGAAAUAACAAUAUGAGUAACUUAAUGAGCAAUUACAACGCGGGAGGGAAUAGCAACCUAGGUAGUGGCAACCUCAGUAGCGGCAAUAGCCCCUUCGGAAUGAAUAAUAAUAUGUACUACAAUGACAGCAACAAGAGUCUGAACAUGGACAUGAAGGGGAACCCGAUGAAUACGACACCUUUUAAUAACUACACACACAUGAAGUUAAAUUAUAUGAGCAAUAGUAAUAGCGCUGCUGGAAGUGGCAUGCACAUGAACCAAGGAAGCAACAAUAAUAAUGCCAACAUGCUAAAUGACAAAAUGAAUACUAGUGGUCCGUUUGCCUUUAAAAGUAUGAACUACCCCAACAGCGGCAACAACAAUCAGGGGGGAAAAAAUAUGAACAUGAACAGUGAAGGCAAUGCCAAUACGUCCACCGUACCAGAACAGAGGAAAAAGCUCGUCCUGAAGAAACGCUCCGUACCCCUGGAUCAGAAGACGUAUGUUAUCAACCCAAAUAUCUUUGGAGAGGCCAAACCGGUUGAUACCAAUCCGGACAAAAUUCUAGGCGAUAACAUUACCAAGGAGAAAGAAUCAAAUGCUACUACGAAUAAUGUUGGGGAAGAGAGGGAUAAGAAACUGGAAGGACAGGACGAUGACGACGCGCAGCAGAAGAGAGCCAUCGGAAUGAACAAUGAAAAUGAUGGGAACAGUAUGAACGAUCCGAACAGUAGCAGCGCCGGAAAUAAGAACGUCUUUAACUACAAAAAGAAUAUGAACGGAGGCAGAAAUUUUAACUUUAAUAGCAACUUACAGAGCAGCAACAAUAACAAUAACAAUAGCGGUAGCAAUAACAUUAACAGUAGCAAUAACAAUAGCGGUGGCACUUCGGGGGGCAAGCUCUCCAACACGAAGAAGAUUUUCAUGAUGAAUAAGAAUAACCCCUGUAACAACCCCAACAGUGGCAUGAAGAAAAAUUUAAACAGCUUUGAUAAUAACCAGAGCGGGGGAAAGGCCAUAGGAAAUAGCGACCUGAACAGGCCGCACAGCCCCAAUGCGAACAACCUCGGCCAGGAUUCCAACAACUCCACAGGGAACAUAAAAAGGAUAAAUAAGAGCAACAAAAAUUACAAAAAUGCCGACAUGAAUAAUACCGUAAACUCCAGCCCAUUCAGCACCAAUGUGAAGAGCAUCAACGCGGAUGACAACAAGAAGGGAUUGAACCUGAGAGGAAUGCAUGAUCAUCAUAACGCCCUCGAAAAUAGAAUGUUCGGAGCGACAAACGCAGAUGAGCAUGGGGCAGGAAAUAAUCCCUUUGGGGGAGGUAAUAAUCAGUCUGGGCACGACUCGGAGGACAUGUUUGCCAACAUCCGAAGCGGGAACUUAAAAAUGGAGAAGAAAAGCAACGACUCGCCAUUUUCCAGCACGAAGAAGGAACUAAACAUCAUCAAGAAAGACGACAAGGCGAAUAUCAAAAAUAUCAUUAUGAAGAAUCUGAAGCGGGAGGAUGGAGGAAAUACCAACCAUUUCGGGAACAACAGUGGCGAUGUCGGAGGAGGAGGCCACAAACACAACAGCGGAAACAGCUCCCUUUUUCGUAACAACGAUUCACUGGGACUCAACUUCAGGACAAACAAACCUGGCGGAUCCACUGGUGCGUCCAAAAUGAACUCGGACAAUGAUGGAGGCAAGGACAGCAUGAUGAACUAUAAAAAGAUUAAUGAUUCCAAUUUUAAGAAAGGUGAGGAGCCAUUUGAGAAUCUAAAUCGAGGCCCCAACAGAAAUAUCAACAGGAAUAACAGCUCCUAUGGAAAUGUCACUUCAUCCCAACGAGCGAACACAGGGGCUACUUCCACUAACAGCCGAGCUAGGGGAACCACCACCGGAGGAACCGAUAGCUACAACACAGCAGGGGAAGACAACUCCUACAGUUACAACAUUGAAAAUUUGUACGACAGCUCGUUGAAGUAUGUGAAAAAUGCCAAUAACUCAAAUAAGGCAAAAAAGAUCACCGCUGUGAAAACGGUGAAGGUUAUCGCGACGGAGAAGAAAAACGAUGAUGACGAUGACUCAGAGGAGAUGAAAGAUAAGAGUGGAAAGGACGACCCAAACAAUGACGGAGCGGGGGAUGACCACAACGCAGGCACCGGUACCGGCGGCAACAACAACAACAGCGGGAGCGGUGGCCAUGGAAAGGGAUUUGAUAAAAGCGGAAUGGAAGAUAAAUACAAUGACGAUAAGAAACUAGGGAACAACAAUUACGACGACUCCGGCAGAAGCAAUGAUAGCUACACAUACGAAUCGGAUAGCUCCGAAAAUUGCAAAGAUAUCACCACGACCAAUUUGAAGUCUACUCUUCUACACACCAAGACGAAAAAGAGAGUUAAGAAGAAACCGGUCGAAGAAGGCGAAAAGAAGAGCGGAAAUAACCCUAAUGACGAGAAUGCACAGAAUGGCCAAGGGGGAACAACAGGAAACAGCAAGGGACAGAAAAUCGAUAUUUUGAUCAAGCCCAAUUUGAAGAAGGGGGAAAAUAUUUGGGAAGCGAGAACCCACUUGCUGGUGGAGCAGAAGGAGAACAGCCUCAAAAAUGACAAACCGUCGCACGACGGCUCCAGGAGAAGUCGCUCCCCCUCGAACAGGGUCAGUCGCAGCAGCAAUCGCAGCAGCAGUCGCCGCAGGGAUGGAAGCGGCAGGAGGAGGGAAGAUAGCAGGAGGGAUGACAUGAGGAGGGACAGAUACGGACGCAGAUAUGAAAGGCGAGACGACCGCCGAGACGACCGACGGGACGACCGUCGAGAUGAUCGUCGAGAUGAUCGUCGAGAUGACCGCCGAAAAGAAGACCGGAAGGAAGACCGAGAAGUCCACCGAGACGAUCAUCGAAAGGAAGACCGGAAGGAAGACCAAAAAGACAGCAUCAGCGGUAGCGAAGAAAAACGGGAAGAUGAUAAAAAGGAGGAAGAAAAGGAGGAAGACUCCAAUGACAACAAAGAUCAAAGCCGGAAAUAUGACAAGUAUAGCAGUCGAGGCAACCACUAUGAGAGAAAGCGAGACGGCAAGUACGGCGCGCCCGAUAAAAAAGGGUACGACACUAAGAGCUACGCAUCGGACGACAAGAGGAGGCACGGCGACUCGUACGAUAGAAGCAGCUAUAAGGAUGGUUAUGAUAGAAGCAGCUACAAGGACAGUUACGACAGGGGAAGCUACAAGGAUGGGUACGAGAAGGGAAACUACAAGGAUAGGUACGAAAAGGGAAACUACAAAGAUGGAUACGAUAGAAGCAGCUACAAGGAUGGUUACGACAGAGGCAGCUACAAGGACGGCUACGACAGGGGAAGCUACAAGGAUGGCUACGACAGGGGAAGCUACAAGGAUGGUUACGACAGGGGAAGCUACCGAAAUUCUCAUGACCGCAUAAGCUACAAAGAUAACUACGACCGAAACAGCAACUACGUCGAAUACGACAAAAUCGACAACAAGUGUUAUUCAAAUAGCUACAACUCCAUGAGACAUAAAAACUACAAACCUCAUCACCCUUCCCAUGGCAAAAUGAAUAACUAUAAUUACCAGAACAACUAUAAGUCAGGUCAUUAUUAUAAGUAUCCAUCGAAGGGAGGACCAGCGACCUACUACAGCAAUAGCAAGAAUGUUAGCAAGGCUAGUGAGAAAGAGAAAACCGAGACCAAGCCAGAUAUACAGGCCAUCCCAAAGAAGGCCAUCGUCACCACGGUUAAAUCGAAUAACGUUUCGAUUAAGAAGAACCGUUACGAGUGCUUGGAUGAUGGUGACGAGAGCGACAAGUGA